AUGCCUAGAGUAUCUGAGUUCUGUCGUCGUUUGCGGAAUCGUGCAUGCUCGUGUUGCUCCUGCUGUGGGACUCAGGCGGAGGACGCUGAGAGUGAUACGAAUGAAGUGCCCUUUGUGGAGAUAAGUAUUCUCCGCGACGACCUCAACGCUGAGCGGAACUACCCCACCAACUCCAUCCGCACCUCCAAGUACACGUGGGCCUCGUGCUUCCCGAAAAGCCUGAUGUACCAAUUCCGCAAGGUGUCGAACGUGUAUUUCCUGCUGGUGAUGAUACUCUCCAUGAUCCCUGGUGCAAGCCCGGUCAACCCGUUCAGCAGCAUCGUCCCGUUCGUCAUUGUGCUCGGCGCCGGUAUCGUGAAGGAUCUCUGGGAGGACGGCAAGCGGCAGAAGUCGGACCGCCGUGCAAAUGAAGUGAAGGCGUUCGUGCUGCGUGGCAGCGACUUUGUCGCAGUGCCCUCACGUGACGUGCGCGUGGGCGAUGUGAUGCUGUGCCGCCUCGGUGAUGAGGUGCUUGCUGACUCCGUGGUGCUCAACACUUCCCUUUCCGACGGUCUCACUUACAUUGAAACCGCUAAUCUCGAUGGUGAGACGAACGCCAAGACGCGGCGCGCGAUGCCGCAGACGAUCGCCGCGCUUGGGACGGUGGAGGACAUCAUUGAGAAGUCUCUGCCCAGCUACGGGAUGCGGGCGCACUUCCUGGAGCACGGCUCGCUGGCCAAGUGGCGGAAGGCCGCAAAGGAUACUGUCGUCCCGGCACCAAUACCAGAUCUGCCGAAGGUGUUGCCAUGCGAGCCAAAAGCGGAAGGGUCGCCAAAGGUGCUGCCGAUGCCAUCGUUUCCGCUCCACGACAGCACAGAUGUGGCCAACGAGCCGUUCCCAAAGAAGGAUUCGGUGACGUUGGUGAAGAACUCCAGCUUUCCCCCUGGCGAAGCAGUCGGGCCACAUUCACACUUGCGUGCCAAUUCGUGCGCGGUGGGAGAGAUGCGGUGGGGCAAGAGUUGUGCGCUGCACACCCGGCAACUCACGCUUGAUGAGCGUUUUAUGGUUGGGCGGGAAAUUCCGAUGCCCCGGGACAUCUUGGGAAUGUCACGCUCUUACGAGCACCGGCAUAUGGCGCAACACUCGCGUGGGCACUUCCCACUCGGGUCGGCGGGGCAUGAGAUGACGGAACGGGCUAACGGCAGCGGGGGUGCGGCUAGCGGCUCCACCCCCGAAGAAAUAGGGAUGUCUAGCAGCACCAGCACCACCACUGAAGGCGUGGUGAUUCUCGGCGCACCGCCAUGCGCUGAGCUGUACUCGUGGAUUGGGCAGUUGAGGAUGCACGAUAGCGACCCGGUUCCACUUGGCGUGGAGCAGUUGCUCCUGCGUGGAUGUGUUAUACGUAACACAGAGUGGGUGCUCUGCGUUGUGGUGUACACGGGGAGGGACACCAAGAUGCUGCUUAACCUGCGGCCAAAACCAAUCAAGACAUCUGUGAUUGGGCGUCGCAUCAAUUUCCUCAACCUCUUCUUGCUGAUGGUGCACCAGGCGGUAUUGUUCCUGCUCUGUGGCCUCGCCGUGGCGUGGCGCAAUUCACGCCUGGAUGCCCCAGAGGGCACAAAAAGCGGCUUCUCCACGUGGUACAUUCAAUGGAAUCUUGCGCGUCAUGAUGGAGCGAGCUUUGUUGGUUUGCUAUACCUGACGAACUUCGUCUUGUUGUCCUUCCUAAUCCCGCUCUCGCUGUACGUCACGCUGGAGUUCAACAAGGCCGUUCAAAUGUACCUCAUGUCGUGUGACAGACGGAUGGCAAACUUUGAUGAAUUCAACGGGGAGCUGCGCUACUCACGACCCAAGACCUCGGAGUUAAACUGCCAGCUCGCCCACGUACGCUAUAUCUUCACGGAUAAGACCGGUACACUGACGGAGAACGUCAUGACGUACGUUGGUGGCUGCACGGCGUCUGAGAAACACGAUGAGCAGGAGAGACCUGGGGGGCUUGGCGAGUCAUUCCUGCGCUUGCUACAGCGCCAACAGAAGGUAGUGAAGCGGGAGACUUCCACUGCAGAGGACACCCGUCGAUUACGCCCGCAUCGUCUGCAGUUAGAUUGCGGUUUUGACGAAUCCUUGGUUGAGGAAGAGCCGGUGUAUCAGUACCUGCGUGCCCUCUCGCUGUGCCACUCCGUCGUUUGUUUCGAUCGCCCAACUGUAGAUGAGGCCGCCAUCGUGACACCGGUGGGCGAUGGCGGGGGUCGGUCCUUAACGUAUGACGUAAAUGAUGCCAGCUUGCGAAUGCGAAGCGGUGAAGGACGCGAGAUGGCAACUCACGCUCGGCAGGGGUCGGCUGGAAUGGGCGCGAGCAUCUCCGUCUUCCAUGCGAGCACGGUGAGCGGCGUUGGCCGCUUGCUGCACGGCCGCACUGGUAGUACGAGUUGGUUUGCGACGCGCCAUAGUGACAUGCAGGCACACCAGCGCUCCGCCACGAUGCCGCAGUCAGUGAAUGAGCUGAAGGAUUUAUCAAAGAUAUACGAAGGACAUUCACUCGACGAGAUUGCGCUGGUCACCGCAGCACGCGAUAACCUGUUCGCGUUGCAGCGUCGAACUGCAAAACAUAUGUUCGUCAAGGUAGUUAACAAGAUGGUGUGUUACGAGAUUAUUGCGGAGUUGGAGUUUACUCCACAGCGGAAGCUUAUGAGCAUUUUGCUCAUUCGUAAUCCUGACUAUGAUGAUACAGCUGCAGAUAUGCAGGGCGACGCCUCAAUCAGUUACCACCGUCGGUCAGGUACGUCCCCCAUUCAGAUGGAGCCAGCAAUAGCGCCGCGAGGGUUGAUCAAGAACGUUUUAGUAAUGCAUAAAGGGAAUACAAUUGAUGUGAACAGUUUGAGAGUACGAGAUGAGGAUGAUGAGGAUGAUGAGGAUGCACUGAAAGAUGUGAGGACCUCCGGCAAUAGUGUGAAGGAGAGGUGUCCAUACCUCCUUCUGGUGAAGGGCGCGGAUAAUUGCAUGAUGGAGAUCGUAAACCAGCGAAAUCCACGCAACGCUGAGCUUAAACCUGUGUUUCAGCAGGAAUUGGAGUCCAUGGCGCAGAAUGGCCUGCGAACACUCGUUCUAGGUCAGCGCUACGUCUCCGAGCGUGAGGUGCGGGGCUGGCUGCCGGUGUUUAACGAGGCACAGUGCAGCAUGCACGACCGCAGUGAGAAACUCCACAGCGCGUACGCGUUGAUGGAGAAGGACAUCGAUCUCGUUGGUACCACUGCGGUGGAGGAUCAGCUGCAAGAGGGUGUCCCCGAGACACUAGAGUUCUUCCUGCAGGCGGAGAUUGUGGUGUGGAUGCUCACCGGCGACAAGCGCGAGACGGCUGUGACAAUUGCCGGCACGAGCGGCAUCGUGAGCCCCGCUUUUGAGGACUGUGUGUGCCACCUCGAUGUGGCGGAUGCAUCGGCGGCGUUUCCCUCCCUCGCUGCUGCCACCGCGGACCCGUCGUUGCGGGGCGUUCUGCGCGAUCAGCUGCGAAAAGCCGCCGCAAAGUGCGACGACGCGGAGCGCAAAUACGACGGCUGCCGCGCCGUUGUGGUUGUGGUGGACGGCCGCACGCUGGACAUCAUCUUCGGCGACGACGGUGACACCCGCACCUUCUUUGACAUCGGCGUCCGCUGCCGCAGUGCUGUGUGCUGCCGCAUGACGCCGCUACAGAAGGCGAAGAUUGUUCGGAUGUUCCAGAAGAACACGAACACCGUUGCGCUGGCGAUAGGCGACGGCGCGAAUGACGUGUCGAUGAUUCAAGAGAGCCACAUCGGCGUCGGCAUCAUGGGUCUCGAGGGCUCACAGGCGGAGUUGGCGAGCGACUACGCCAUACCGAAGUUCCGCUUCUUGAAGCGGCUGCUGGUGGUGCACGGUCGUUUCUCCUUGUACCGCGACGCGCACUGCAUUGUGUUCAGCCUCUACAAGAACGUGACGCUGUCGGCUGGGCUCAUUGCGUACACCUUCUACCAGGGUUUCUCCGGCCUGCUUCUAGUAGAUUCAUGGCUACUGGCGUUGUUCAAUCUCUUCUUUUGCUCCCUGCAGCCACUGGCGAUCGGAAUAUUUGACAAGGACGUGGAGGAUGAGCUGGCAGAGUCUCUUCCGGCACUCUACCCGGCACUUUCGCGCGAACAGAUGUUUUUUAGCUGGCGUUAUAUUCUAAAGUGGCUUUUCGACGGCGUUGUGGACGGACUCAUAUUGUUCUUGGUCAUCUUCUACACUGUGGGGCAGGAGGACGACCUGUACCCGUACCGUGGUGCCGCUGUGGAGGACUACGGGAUGCUUUUUUACAUGAUGAUGCUUAUUGUGCUGAACCUGCGCGUUGCGGCACUCAUGACGUGCUACACUGCCGUCUCCACCACUGUCAUUGCCUUGGGCUUCGCCGUAAUUCCACUUCUUACGCUGGCUUACUCGGCGAUCCCGAACCUCCUCGGCUCUGACUGGUGUUUCAAUGUGGCGAAGGAGCUGAUGGGGACGGGGAGGUUUUGGCUUAUGCUGCUCUUUGCUGGUGGUGUGUUUGUGGUGUACGGCUUGGCGGUGAAUGCGUACAUGGCGCUCUUCUGGCCGUGGACGAAUGGCGGCGGGGCGAUGAAGGCGGCGUGGCGCUCACCGUACAGGCGCGAACAUCACGGGCGCAUCCAAGGCCGCCACUGA